CACUGAGACCCAGCCUCAGCCUCUAUUGUGGUAAGCAGGCAAAGGAAGACGUAUAAGGAGAAGACUUUAAACCCACAAGCACAACACUGGUAACCAUUGUAGAGACCCCCGAAAUCGGAGGACAAGGCAACAUGGAGGAGGACAUGGAUGAGGGACAGACCCAGAAGGGAUGCAUGGAGUGUUGUCUCAAAUGUCUAGGGGGCAUCCCUUAUCCUUCCCUGAUUGCCACCAUCCUGCUGUAUGCUGGGGUGGCGCUCUUCUGUGGAUGUGGACAUGAGGCUCUUUCUGGAACGGUCACCAUCCUCCAGAACUACUUUGAGGUGAUCAGGGAACCUGGAGAUGCCUUGGAUGUCUUUACAAUCAUUGAUAUUAUCAAGUACGUGAUCUAUGGUAUUGCCUCUGCGUUCUUUGUGUAUGGCAUUCUUCUGAUGGUAGAAGGCUUCUUCACCAGUGGAGCAAUCAAGGACCUGUAUGGAGACUUCAAGAUCACCACCUGUGGACGCUGCGUCAGUGCAUGGUUCAUCAUGCUGACGUACAUCUUCAUGUUGGCUUGGCUGGGUGUGACAGCAUUCACCUCUUUGCCUGUCUUCAUGUAUUUCAACAUCUGGACCAUUUGCCAAAACAGGACUGCCCUGGAGAGAGCAAGUUUAUGUCUUGACCCACGCCGGUUUGGUGUUGUGCCCAUUGGAGAGGAGAGGACUGUGUGUGCAGGAUCAGAAAAGUUCUACAAUAUGUGUGAAUCAAAUGAGCUGGAUAUGACUUUCCAUCUGUUUGUCUGUGCACUGGCUGGGGCUGGAGCAGCUGUUAUUGCAAUGAUUCACUACCUGAUGGUGCUGUCUGCCAACUGGGCCUAUGUGAAGGAUGCAUGUAAAAUGCAGAAAUACGAGGACUGUAAGUCCAAGGAGGAGCAGGAGCUACAUGACAUCCACUCUACGCGCUCCAAGGAACGACUCAAUGCCUACACAUAAGACAGAAACAGCGGCGAGGGCGAGAGGACCCUCAGUGCUUUCACUUUCUGUUGAAGGGAGUUUUGGCACUGGUGCAGUCCAGGUGGUGUGUCAUAUGACCAACCCCAUGGCCAACCCAUUACCUCUCGCACAAACAUUAUUAUUAUUAUUAUUAUUAUUAUUAUGUAGAGCUAGAAUUAGUGUUGUAGGUUUUUUCACAUUAUGGUAUUUCACUUUUUUUUUUUUAAGAAAUUGUGCAGGUUUUCCCACCUCACUAAACUUUUAGAAUAUAUUUCUCUUUUUAAUUUUUUUUUUUUUUGUUUACCAUCAGUACAUGAAUCAUUCUUAAGGAUAGGGUCAGUUUUUGGGGUUAAAAAAAGCAAUUUUUUCAUGUGUGUUUGUCACUUAAAAUGUCAUUAUCAAAGACAUAUAAAGCAUGAAACAAAAUAUUGUUUAAAAAAAAAAAAAUUAUCUUUCUUUCUCUCUCUCUCUCUCUGUCUCUCCCUAUCUUUCUCUCCUUCUUUUUUAAUCAUUAGAAGGUAUGAAGCCCGAUACCAGCAGAUGGCUUGCUCAUUCUGCAUUAUUUUGGUAAAAGAAAACUAAAAAAAACAGAGAUAGACAAAAAACAAAAUUAAGAUAUAACAGAUGUACCAUAAAAUGUUUAUUUAUUAUUUUUCUACAGAUGCCAUUGCAUAGCAUUAUCAAGAUGAAUACAACAUGGUUAUGAUUUGCUUGCCGGGCUAGUCUAGUUUUCAGGUUUUCUGCAGUGUGCCAGUGGGUGGCAUUGUAACUUCUCUGAGAGGGAGAGGAACAGGGCUACUUUGUGACCACUUUUAAGCGGAUUUCAAGCAUUUAAAAUCUGCCAGUGUCCACGACUCCCUCUAUGGUAACAGUGCAACUCUCCCUUUACUGGCAGCAAGAUACACAUGCACAAGCCAACAGCAUUAUGACCCCUCUUUUUUAUUUUCAUAUAGAUAUAGACAUAGUUAAGCUGACAGGGUUUUUAAUUUGAUGAUUAUUAUUUUCAGCUUUUGUAUAUAGUCAUUCUGUAAAUGUAUGUACUGUACGUUAGCACUUAAAAAUUCAGGUGAAUUUGGAUUAGACUGAAAAACACGUUCCAUUAGAGGGGGAGGGUGGGGGGAUGUAUAACAGAUCACUUCUUUUGGUGGGUUUUCUUUUCAAAGGGGAAUAUCACAAUGAAAACACAUUUUUAAAGAGCUUAUACUAUUAUCUUGAUUACAGUAAAAGUUACUCGUUGCCUUGCUAACAAGUUAUUACUAUAUUGGACAAGAUGUUUUAUCAUUAUUUUAAUGCCUGGCAAGUCAUGUUCUGUCAGUGUUUCUAAGAGCUAGUUUUGUGCACUUAUUUGACCAUUUUGUGAGCUCUUUCUUGGUGUAAGUGCAUUGGGGUGUUGACUGCACAGUCGGACCCUGUAAUGUUUGGUAAAGACUGUGAACCUAAAUGUUAUUUGUGGCAUGGUCAUGCAUUCAAUGGUAAUUGUUUUUACUGGAUCAAAAAAUAAUAAUGAUAAUAAUAAUAAUGGGGGGGAAAAAAUCAAAAAGGAAAAACAAGAAAAACAAUUUAAUUUCACCUUUUUAUGAGUUUGUUAUAUGCAACUGUCUUGCUGGGUCAUCCCCUUCUUCAUAAUGUGCAGUAAUUUGAAUAAUAUGCUGAAUACAUUGCGCUGAAACUCCUACUCUUUGAUGGCAGUGUUUGAUUUGUGCCUGUUUACUUUGUGGUGAUCUCUAACUCCCUCUGAGUCCUACUCUCAUCUAUUACUAUUGCUUGUUGAGCCCCUAACUUGAUGCUUUCUCUGAGCCCUCACCUCUCUCUCUCUCUCUCUCUCUCUCUCUCUCUCUCUCACACACACACACACACACAAAUUCUCUCUCUCUCUCUCUCUGUCCUCAUAUUAGUCUUUUUGUACUCUCACUGAAGAAUGCUUAGUAGCAAGCUGUACCAUUAAUUUUUUUUUUGUACAUAAAUGUGCCAACCGCUUGACAGUGGCUUUUCUGAUCUGUAGGGACAAACUGCUUGCAUAAAUAAACUACACUGGUGUACUUGUUAAUAAAUACUC